AUGUUUUCAACCCCGAAGAAGGCCCUUUCUAAGUUUCGCGCUUCCCCUUACUUCUCUCCCCUUCGACUCUUCGGUUUCUGUGGUGGAUCCACUGAGCGGGCCUCAAGCUUUAGACGCAUUAUUCCCAGUGAACCAAGCUAUCGCCCUCUUCCUCGACCAAAUCCUCGUAAGAAGUGUUAUCCUCCUGGGGACCCACGCCGUCGCCCUUCCCAGCGCCUGUGCGCCAAACCCCUUCGUCAGCAGCGUUCCGUCAGGGCUCGCUCGUAUCACAACUUGAGCAAGGCUGGCCCUUGCAACGCCGCCCAGCCCAAUGCCCAGCCCAACCCUCAGCCCCCCGUUGUUCUUGCCCCCGCCUUCGACUUCGACGCCAUCGCUCAGAAAGUCCGUCGUGUCGCUGUGCACGCUGCCCCCCAUCUCACGCCCGAGGACAAGAUCUUCAUGACUCAGUUGGAGAAACUCAACAUCAACCACAACAUGGCUGAAGUUCUCAACGGCCUCGAGACCCAACGCGCCAGCGCCGAACGUGCUCAGCGUAUGGCUCCUGUCUUGGAAGCCGAGCGCAAGGCCCGCAAUGCGCCGUAUCAGGACAUGCGUAAGGUCGAAGACAAGUUUAUUAUCGACUACUACAAUGAUAGGGCGAAGGAAAAGCAGGAUAAGGAGGCCGUCCUUGCCCGCAUGGCACAGGCGCAGAAGGACAUGCUGGAGAUGGAGGCUCGUAUCAACGCUGAACGUGCUGAGAGUAUCCGCAUCCAGUACGAGGCUCUGUUUGCCGAAUGUGAGCGUGACCGUCAAGAAAGGGAGAAGCGCCGUGCGCAGGAAAGGAGGCGUUGGGCGAAGGAAAGGGAGGCCAAUAUUCAACUUGCAGAAGAGAACCAUAGGCGUGUUCUGGCGGCGCAGAAGGCUCGGAGAGAACGUGCCGAGGCUGAAGCGGCUCGACUUCUUGCUGAGCGCCAAGCGGCGGAGGCGCAGGCUCGAGCUGAAGAAGAGGCUCGCAAGAAGGCAGAGUUGGAGGCACAGCGAGCACGGGAAGAGCUUGAGCGCCAGGCACAUGAGGCCCGCAUUCGAGAGGAAGAAGCAAAUCGUCGAGCUGCCCUUGAGGUUCAAGCACGGGAGGAGGAGGCCCGCCGUUAUGCUGAGGAGAUGGCCCGGAUGCAGCAGCAAGUCGAGGCCCAUCAAGCGAGGGAACCACGUCUCUGGAGGGACGUUUCAAUGCAAGACGUUUGGUCCGGCUCUGGUCCUUCCGCAUCCGACGUAUCCAUGGCAGAAGAAGUGCCUGCACCCACUCCCACUCCUCCUCCCGCUCAACCUACCGACGCUGAUCGCUGGAACCUUUACGAGUGGAAAUGGGACGCGUUGAAGGGUGAUGUUGGCGGCCUUCUUGUGUUCUCCCAGCUUCCAUGGCCCGUUCUCCACGACGUCUACACCAUCCAUGACCUCACUCCCGAACGCUUCUCCGAGUUUCUCUUCAACCCUCAGCGACCGGGCUAUGAACCCAAAACCAAGAAGGAGCGGGUGAAGAACGAGCUCCUUCGUUUCCACCCUGACAAGUACGACGGCAAGAUUCUUGGCAAGGUGCACGUUGAGGAGCAUGCUCUUGUCAAGGAGGCGGUUGGAAGGGUUACUCGUUUCUUGACCACGGCACGAUCAUAGAAUGGAUUUGGAAUGGAUGGUAUUCUUAUCCGUUAAAUUAACCCAUGCACCUUCUAUAUGAUUUAUACUAUGCCCUUAUGCCAAUCCCUAUCUCUCCUAUGCUCGCCCUCUUCGUUGUACUUACUAAAAGUGUAUCUGGCCAGUC